AAAGCUCCAUUGGUCUGAGCAGAGCAGGGAGACAGAGACAGGCAAGAAGAAAGGCCUCACCCUCCAGCGGCUCACGAAAUGGCCAGCAAAGUAAUGGAUCUGAUCUACUGGAAGGAAACUGAGCGGACAGGCAUGGUGUUCACCGGCCUGGUGGUGGGUCUGCUCUCUCUCUUCCAGCUCAGUAUCAUCACUGUGCUCUCCACUCUCUCACUUGCCAUCGUGUGCGUCACCAUUUCCGUGUGCAUAUACUGCAAAAUUCUGCAUGCUCUGAAGCUCAGAGAUGGAGCACACCCCUUCCAGACUUAUCUGGACUGGGACAUUGGCCUUUCAGGAGAACAAGCUGAACAUUACAUGCAAAGAGCUAUAUUCCUGUGCUUUGCUGCUGUAGACACACUGAAGCGCCUGGUCUUUGUUGCUAACCUAUUUGACUCUCUUAAGUUCCUGUUGCUGGUGUAUCUGGUGACAUAUCUGGGAGCUCUUUGCAAUGGCCUUACUCUGCUUAUUAUUGGUGUGAUUGCUGUCUUCUCUCUCCCCCUUUUCUACAUCAGACACCAGGAAAAAGUGGACACCUGGGUUGCAAAAGUCCAAGCUAAUGUUGACAACAUUAAGGACAUCCUGACUCGAUUGGCUCAGGGUGGUGGCCCAGCGCCCGAUCCCACCCCAGGUGGCGCCAAACCCAAAUCCCAGUGAGGUCGUCUCGGGGGUGGAGUAAAAUAAAAUUAAGGUGGAGCAAUAGGAUGUCACUCUGAUGUCUUAAUCAAGUCUGGUUUUCUGAGUACCACUUUCAGAUUAAACAGAACAGGGACUUUUUGGGAUAUUGUAUCAGCAAGAGUGCACAGAAGGAGGGGAGGUGGGGUUAGUUUUUUGCAGAAUUUAAGAGGACCCUUUUGAUGCAUGAUGAGAUUCUGCUGUAAAACAAACAAACAAAAAAUGCAACGGGGCCUCUGAAGGAAUCAAGGAUUUCUAAAUGUUGUCUGGAAAAGAAGAAAUCAACAUCAGCGACCCAACAAAUUUGAACACAUGAGGUGGUGCACAAGAACAUUUAAACACAAAUGACUGGAGUUUGCACUAUGAUGAGCCAAAUUCAAGAAACCCCAGGACCAGUUUACUGAAUCAUCAUUCACUUUUGACAGUUUUAAUAAGAAUGGCAUGUAUAUAUGUAUGCACACAUACAUAUGUGCGAUUAUGAUCUUGCAGAUUUAUCUUGAUACAUCCUAAGAUAUGAGAUCUAUUAAAACUCCAGUAUCAUUUUA